AUGGCUCUCGUGCCUUCCGCACGUCCACAGCUGCAGCCAACCUCGUGCGCCAGAAAGCAGCGGGUUGUGACCUCUUCCCAGGAUGGGCUGCCCAGGGCGUCGCGACCGACCCAAGCGCUGACGUGUGGAACGACAGCGCUGCUGGCUGCGGCGGUCGCACGACGAGGGAGUCAACGAUCCGCACUUCGCAGGUUCAAACACUGUCUUGCUGCAAUCCCCGACGGCGAGCUGCCACCGUGUGCUUGUCGCAGCAAGCUCCAUGGUGCGGAUGUCUACAUCAUCGGAACUGCACACAUUUCUGCCAAGAGCGCCGCCGAUGUGGAGGCACUGAUAUCUCGCUUGGAACCGGACCGUGUGGUUGUUGAGCUGAGCCGAGAGCGUAUUAGCAGCUUGUACCCAGCUGGGGCCACCGCCACUGAGAGCGGCUCUCUUCAGAUCAACCUGGAGAACACGCCGCAGGGCUUCCCAGUGGUCGUGGGCCAUUCCGAGCCCUCCGAGUCCUCGGCAGAGGAGGGCCAGCUCAUCGUACGUGGCCCUAGCGACAAGGUGGACGUUGUGAACAUGCGUCGAGCGCUGUCGAACUUCAGCGAGAGCGAGUGGCUCGAGAGAGCCUUCAAGAAACAUCGCUACCAAAGCGAGAGCUUGCAGCUCUUGCCAGCCAUUGAGAUGUUGGCAUCACUGUCAACAAGCCUUUUCCCGCUGGCACAGCGAGCUCUCUACAUGUCCGUCGGCACUGUGAAACACAGUGGUAGCGAGUUUGCGGCUGCUGCCCGCUGUGCACGAGACCUGCAGUGCCCCAUCAUCCUGGGCGAUGUGGAGAACGAGGAUCUCUUUGACCCGGUGGGAGCUCUUGAGGUGACGCGUGGCCAGCCAGUGUGGAUGCGAUUGGCUGGGCCCUUCGUUCGUCCACCUGAAGGUGGCAUCAACUUGCCCAAGGCCCUGAAGCACGUGUUCGCUGGAACGACGAAAAAGGGUGUAGGCACCCAGCUUCUGGCGGCAAACGUGGUUCUCACCGUGUAUGCGUUGGUGAAGGACGGCCUGAUCGACCCCUCUGCUUGGGCGACACCCCCAAAGCUGAUCGCAAGCUGGGAAGCAGUCGCUGCUCCUCUCUUGGCGAUGGGCAUGACCAACUCGCUGAUCGCCGCCAUCUUCAUGUUCUUGCUGACGGCCACACGUGACGAACAGCUCUUUCGGGCACUGGCAGAAGCAGCGAAGACCACGGUGGAGGAGAAAGGCGAUGGCAGAGUCGUGAUGGUCUGUGGCGUAGCCCAUGUGAAUGGAAUUGCUCGGCACGUUCACAGAGCUUCGUCGACGACCUCGUCUACGGCAAAGUAG